CAUUUUUCUGUUUGCUACUUUCCUCCACUUCCGAUUGACUUUUUCUAUGAGUUCCGGUUACUUUUGUUGCUAGUUUUGAAUCUUUGAAAUAAUUUCUUUUCUGUAUUCAGAAUGACCAUUGCUAUAGGUUUCGAAGGAAGUGCAAAUAAAUUAGGUGUUGGUAUUGUUAGAGAUGGUGAAGUUCUUUCUAACUGCAGGGCGACAUACAUUACACCUCCUGGAGAAGGCUUUCUACCACGAGAUACAGCUCAUCAUCAUCAAGCUCAUAUAUUGGAUGUUUUAGCAAAAGCUUUGAGUGAUGCUAAUGUCAAGCCUGGUGAUAUUGAUGUCAUAUGCUACACUAAAGGUCCUGGCAUUGCAGCGCCUUUGGUAUCUGUUGCUGUUGUUGCUCGUACUCUUGCCCAGUUAUGGAAUAAACCUAUAGUUGGUGUAAAUCAUUGUAUUGGUCAUAUUGAAAUGGGGCGGUUGAUAACAGGUGCAGAUAAUCCAACAGUAUUAUAUGUCAGUGGUGGAAAUACUCAGAUUAUAGCAUACAAUGAAAGAAGGUAUAGGAUAUUUGGGGAGACUAUCGACAUAGCCGUUGGUAAUUGUUUAGACAGAUUUGCUAGAGCUUUGAAGCUUUCAAAUGAUCCAAGUCCUGGGUAUAACAUUGAACAGAUGGCUAAAAAGGGGAAAAGAUACCUUUGCUUACCAUAUGCAGUUAAAGGGAUGGAUGUCUCUUUUUCAGGAUUAUUGUCUUUUAUUGAGGAGCGUGUUGAUACACUGCUAACAGAAGGAGGAUAUACAAAAGAAGAUUUGUGCUUUUCAUUACAAGAAACAGUCUUUGCAAUGUUAGUUGAAACAACAGAACGGGCCAUGGCUCAUUGUGGAUCUAAUGAAGUUUUGCUUGUUGGAGGUGUUGGAUGCAAUGAAAGAUUACAAGAAAUGAUGCAUAUUAUGGCUGAGGAAAGAGGUGCAAAAUUAUAUGCAACUGAUGAAAGGUUUUGUAUUGAUAAUGGAGCAAUGAUCGCUCAUGCAGGUUUGGAAAUGUUCCGGUCUGGCCAAGUGACAAAAUUUGAAGAUACGAUAUGCACUCAAAGGUUUCGAACAGAUGAAGUUGAAGUUACUUGGCGAACGUAAUAAUUAUAAGUUUUUAAUAAUUUUUCAAUAUAACUAAACAAAUAUUUCAUUGCAAAUACUGUGUACUUUAAAAUGAAGCAAGGUCAAUGGAAAGUAUAUGCUAAAUAAAUCUGUUAUUGUGAAAAA